AUGGCACAAGAUAAGCCAAAGCCUGCUUCCGGCAGUCCCGAGCCGGAGACGCUCGAUAUCAAGCGCAAACGAUCCCUUGACGACGACAGCGACAGCGAGCAAAGUCGCUCUCCGAUGAAGAAGACUCCCUCGUCGGGCGCCUCUGAUAAUGCCGCUUCGACCAAGUCUUUCAAUUUGAUAGGUUUCCCGGACGAGCUCCUGGUCCUCAUCAUCCACCUGCUCUUCCUCGACAUCUUCUGUAGCGAACCGACGCACUCCUGCCCACGAUAUCGUCGUGCGGAAUGUGUGCGCUGCUUCCUCGUCGACUGGUUCAACUACACGCUCCCAUACGUCAACAAACGCAUCCACGACCUCAUGGCCCCGAGCCUGUUACCCUGUCUCGCCAUCGGUGAAAAAAUGACCUCUGCCGAGUACCCUGUCACCUCCUUGUCUUCAGACGCGUCCGCCGUACUCUUGCCGCAUAUUCGUCAUCUCUCCAUCAACUACCAUGGACUCACAGAAGAGUCUCACGCUAGACGUGAUACCUGCAAGAUUGCUCACGCCUAUCUCGUCAUACUUGGUAGCGCUCCCAGCCUAGAGACGCUCGAGAUCGAUGACCUUGUUAAGACGUAUGGUGAUGGCCCGGACGAUUGGAGCGAAUUCAAAAUUGUACCCUUCAACAGAUACAGGCAAGCUUCGCCUUGGCAAUUCGACCUGACCUGUUCUCGUCUCUUGAAAAUGUUGCCCGACACGAACGAGGCUCAACUUCUUCCCCGCUUUCAAGAACUUAUCCAACGAGUCGGCAUCGGCUUCCCCAAGCUACGACGUGUUCUUUUGAUGGAUGGCAACGGAGGCGUUUCGGUGGAUGAUUAUGCAAACCUCUUCCUCAUCCCUCGCGAUGUCUGCAGCCUACCUCAAGACUGCACCGACGGUCUAGACGUAUGCAGCGACGACUCAUCGAAAUGUCAAGCUCUCACCAGCGCAUGCCCUUCGAUCGAAUCGCUCACGCUUGUGUUGUGGUACUCGUGCACUCUCAUUGAUGCAGACUUACUUGCUGCCAUGCGUCAUCUCAAGCAACACCACCCCUCGUUGAAGCAGCUUAAGCUCAUCUCUCGUCGCUUUCGAUGUGAGAAAGGGUCGAAGUACGAGAUCGACGAAUGGUUCCGCUCCAAAGCCAUGCCGAUUCUCGAGUCGGCGUCAGCUCAGCUGCUCGAGUACAGGUUAGAAGUCACGAUCUACAUCAUGACAAACUACAGAUCUCACGCAGCCAUCAAAGAUCUCAUCCGACAGCACCGCCAGAAGGUCUUGGCGAACGACCCAGAGCAUUACGUGGCGUUCGAGGCAUUGAACGUCAGCGAGUUCAGUCCCACCACGGUCUACAACGUUGUCGCAGAAGCUUUCCGCGAAGACUGCCGCCUCGAGGAACUAUUGCGCCCCAAGUCAGCGGCGAAUCGACCAGCUGGAUGGAUCAAGGAGUCGACCGUCGAAGGCUUCUUCCGCCGAGGGACAUCGUACUAUUAG